UCAUCAAUAUUUCCAUAACAAUGUUGAAUAUUGAGUGAUCAAAUGGAGACCAAGACUCACAUAGCUUUGGUUACAGUUCCUGUAUACAGUCACCUACGCUCAAUUCUUGAAUUCACCAAAACAUUGGUUAAUCUAAACCAAAACAUUCAUGUCACAUGCAUCAACCCAACAUUUGGUUCUUCAAUUUGUAACAAUGUCAAAACCCUCUUUGAAACUCUUCCAACAAACAUAAACUACAUGUUCCUUCCACCAAUAAAUUUACAAGACUUACCAAAAGAUAUUCACCCUGCACUCAAAGUUCAAGCUACUAUAUACCGUUCGAUUCCUGCGAUUGACGAUGCAUUGAACACAUUACAUUCUAGUUCAAAACUUGUCGCGGUUGUUUCUGAUGGUUUAAUAACUCAAGUGUUACAAUUGGCCAAGAAACUCAAUAUUUUGGCCUAUUCAUAUUUUCCAUCCACAACCAUGUUACUAUCACUAUGCUUGCAUUCUUCAAAUCUAGACAAAACAAUUUCUUCCGAGUACAAAGACCUAUUAGAACCAUUAGAGAUUCCCGGUUGCAUACCGAUUCACAGUACCGAUCUCCCUGAUCCUAUGCAAGAUCGAUCCGGCGAAGCGUACAAGGUUUUUCUUGAAGGUAAUGAUAGAUUUUAUUUGGCUGAUGGUAUAUUGGUUAAUAGCUUUCUUGCUCUUGAAGAAAUGACCAUAAAAGCCUUGCAACAAAAAGAGUGUGAAGGAAUCCCUUCUAUUUAUCCAAUUGGACCUUUUGUGCAAAAUGUGUCAUAUGAUAAGGGAAGUGAUUUUGAAUAUUUGAAAUUUUUGGACAAACAAGAAAAUAAAUCAAUUUUGUAUGUUUCAUUCGGAAGUGGUGGUACACUUUCUAAUGAGCAAAUAAUUGAGCUUGCUUUUGGAUUGGAAUUAAGUGGUCAAAAUUUUUUGUGGGUUUUAAGGCCACCAAAUAAAUUUGGUGUUAUUGAUGAUCUUGAUAUUAGUGAAUAUGAGGAUGAUAUUCUUUUCCAAUAUUUACCAAAUGGUUUUUUGGAAAGAACAAAAGGGAAAGGUUUGGUAGUUCCAUAUUGGGCACCACAAGUUGAAAUUCUUGGUCAUAGUUCAAUUGGUGGGUUUUUAUGUCAUUGUGGUUGGAAUUCAACACUUGAAAGUAUUAUACAUGGAAUUCCAUUAAUAGCAUGGCCACUCUUUGCGGAACAAAAGAUGAAUGCAGCUUUGUUAAGUGAUGGUUUGAAAGUGGCUAUUAGGCCUAAAGUUAAUGAGAAAGGUAUAGUGGAAAGGGAAGAGAUAGUUAAGGUUGUAAAGAAUUUAAUGGUUGGUGAAGAAGGAAAGGGAAUUAGAGAAAGGAUGGAAAAGUUGAAGGGUGAUGCUAUUGAUGCUUUGAAGGAAAAGGGAUCUUCAACAAGGACUCUUACACAAUUGGCAUUCAAAUGGGAAAGUUUGGGGUCACAUCUAGGAACUUUAUAA